CGUACAGCUCUUCCAAUUGUGAAACCUCCGGUGCUUAUGCCUCUGCUCCUGGCCGAUAGUGCCGGCCGAGUUUUCUUGUUAUUGGAGGCUCAACUUCCGAUGAGGGUGCCGCCAUGGACAUACGUUAGCAAGAAUAUUUCUGAUUUCAUUAGCUUCAAUUUCCUCUAUAUCAUUUGUUUGCGUCGGAAUGACCUACUGAAGAAGAAGAGUAUCCUUCAACAGACUGAUCCUCCUUCAAUUCAUGUUCUUGAGCUCUUCCCUUCUGAAGAUUUUCCUGAAGGUGAAAUCCAACAGUAUAAGGAUGAAGUACUCGAGAUACGGUGCAGACAAUGUAUGCAUCUUUGCAAGAGUACUCAAAGCAUUGUUGUCGAUCCCAAAUCUGCUAAAAAGACUAUCAGCAAAGAAGAGUCAGCUAAGAUUGCCAAAGAGAAGGGAAACCAAGCAUUCAAAGAUAAACAAUGGCAGAAAGCUAUUGGUCUUUACUCAGAAGCUAUAAAGCUAAGUGACAACAACGCUACUUAUUACAGUAACAGAGCUGCUGCAUAUCUUGAAGUUGGAGGCUUUCUUCAAGCCAAGAAGACUGUACCAAAGCCAUCACCCUUGACAAGAAGAACGUCAAAGCCUAUUUACGAAGAGGAACCGCAAGAGAAAUGUUAAGCGAUUACAAGGGAGCCAUAGAAGGUAAGCUUUUAAGGAAACAGAAUGUGAUUGGUUUUUGCCUUGUAAUAUCUGGAAAAAAAACACUCAAAGAUUUGUUUUUCUUCUUCUUUAUAACCCUGCAGAUUUCAGAUACGCACUUGUGCUGAGAAAACUAAUUAUUGGCUUAGUGCUGACUCUUCACGGAUUACUCGACAAGUAUUGUUAAGUUGUUUCUGAUGUAAAUUAAUAUAAUCACUAUCAUUAU